AUGGCAUCAUCAUCAAAUGGUGGUGUUCCACCGGGGUUUCGAUUUCAUCCAACAGAGGAAGAGCUUCUUCAUUAUUACUUGAAGAAGAAGCUUUCAUUUCAUAAGUUUGAUAUGGAGGUUAUCAGAGAGAUUGACUUGAAUAAGAUUGAGCCAUGGGAAUUACAAGAGAGGUGCAAUAUUGGAUCGACGCCGCAGAAUGAGUGGUACUUUUUCAGCCAUAAGGAUAGGAAGUAUCCAACAGGUUCAAGGACAAACCGGGCAACAAAUGCGGGGUUUUGGAAGGCGACAGGGAGGGACAAGUGCAUAAGGAACAGCUUCAAGAAAAUUGGUAUGAGGAAAACCCUUGUGUUUUAUCGAGGAAGAGCUCCACAUGGACAAAAAACUGAUUGGAUUAUGCAUGAGUACAGACUUGAAGAUGCUGACCAAAAUCAAACUGAGGAUGGCUGGGUGAUAUGUAGGGUAUUCAAGAAGAAAAACCUCUUCAAAAUAACUGGAAAUGAGGCAGCCUCAUCAAGCCAUCACCACCACCAACCAACCAACAACUUCACACACAAAGACAAUCAUGAUCAUAGUCCUUAUCUACUACACCAAUUACCACAACACCAUGACCAACAUGACUUAAACUAUUCCCAAAUCCCAAUUGCUACUACUCUGGCUCCACAUGAGUACUAUUCACACAACAACAACAACAUUGAAGUAGCACAAAACUUGAUCAAGUCAACAUCACUGGGAUAUCAUCAUCAUCAUCAUCAUCAUCCUCAUGAAUUCUCAUCGUCAGGCGCUGAUCAAUCAGCGCCUUGUGAGUCUGGCUUAGAAGUAGCAAGCAGUAAUGAUCAUCAAUGGGGAAUUAAUAUUGAUUCAUCUAAAGUUUCAUUAGGGAUGGGAUUUGAAUCUAAUCAAAUCAAUCAUCAACUUCCUAUGCGUGGAGAAAUGGACUUUUGGAGCUAUGGAAAAUAA